AUGCCGUCCGAGGGUCGCUGCUGGGAAACUCUAAGGGCGCUGCAGAAUUCCAGCAAAGGCCGCCUGCGCUACCACCGCGAGUGGCUGAUAUAUGGUCCGGGUCGUUAUGAAGUAUCCACUCAUGCUGAUGAGAUAGCUCCAUGGGAUGUUUUGGAAGAAUGCACAUCUCUUCCCAAACUGUCUUCUUACUCUGGAUGGGUAGUAGAUCACGUCCUACCCAACACCUCACGCCACGCGCAAGAGAACCUCCCUUCCUCUGAUAAUUCGCCAUCCUCUGGAUCAUGGUUCAGGCUUGACCAACCCUCACUUCUUAAGUCUCCUGUCAGAAGCACUCCAGAAUCCCCCUCACCUUCAACACCAAAUGGAACCAAGAGCACCUGUGAGUCCCAAAGCACUGAACCUAUUGCACUUCUGUCUUCCCGAGCGAUCACAGUGGAAGGCUGCAUCCGAAUGUACGAAUUGGUGCACAGAAUGAGAGGAACAGAGGGCCUAAGGCAGUGGCAGGAGGAGCAGGAGAGGAAGGUACGAGCCCCUCUCAAAAUGGCAUCUGAACAAACUGAGAGGUUUGAUGAGCUGAAGGAACUGAAGCUGCACAAGGAAUUCCAGGAUUUACAGGAAGUGAUGGAGAAGAGUACCAGAGAAGCCCUGGGCCACCAGGAGAAGCUAAAAGCUGAGCAUCGCCACAGAGCCAAGAUUCUCAACCUGAAGCUUCGAGAGGCAGAGCAGCAGCGUGUGAAGCAGGCAGAGCAGGAGCAACUUCGGAAGGAGGAAGGCCAGGUCCGUCUACGCAGCCUGUACACCCUGCAAGAGGAGGUCCUUCAGCUUAACCAGCAGCUGGAUGCCUCCAAUCAGCACAAGGACCUGCUGAAUGUCGACCUGGCUGCCUUCCAGACCCGGGGCAACCAGCUCUGUAGCCUCAUCUCCGGAAUCAUUCGCACCACCUUGGAGAGUGGCUAUCCCACAGCAGAGAACCAAGCUGAGGCUGAGCGAACACUGCAAGGAAAUGCGGGACCCGUCCUCUCAAAUUUGGAGCAGGAGAUCACUAGAGCCUAUGAAGUCAAAAAGAAGCAGGAGGAAGAGGAGGCCCGUAUCAAGCUGCAAGAAUCACAGGUGCAAAAGGGGCCAGGGGCUCCCACUCAGCCCACUGGGCCAAGCCCAGGCCCAGCAGGGACACAGAAUGAAGAACUGCAGGUAAAGGUACAAGACAGUACCAUGCAGUGGUAUCAGCAACUUCAGGAUGCUUCUGCCAAAUGUGUGUUGGCCUUUGAGGGCCUGACCAGCAGCAAGGACAGUCAGGUAGGGAAGAAUUGGAUGGACUUGCAGAAAGCAGCCACUAUCCCAGUGAGCCAGAUCUCCACCAUUGCAGGUUCAAAACUGAAGGAGGUCUUUGAAAAGAUCCAUAGCCUGCUCUCUGGAAAGCCCGUCCAAUCUGGUGGGCGUUCUGUGUCUGUCACUCUUAGCCCACAAGGGUUGGACUUUGUCCAGUACAAACUGGCAGAGAAAUUUGUGAAACAAGGUGAGGAGGAAGUGGCCUCUCACCAUGAAGCAGCAUUCCCCAUUGCAGUGGUGGCAUCUGGUAUCUGGGCGCUCCACCCUAAAGUGGGGGAACUCAUCCUUGCUCAUCUCCACAAGAAGUGUCCCUACUCCGUACCUUUUUACCCAGCUUUUAGGGAGGGGAUGGCUUUGGAGGACUAUCAGAGGAUGCUUGGCUACCAAGUGACAGAUUCUAAGGUGGAGCAACAGGACAACUUUCUAAAACGAAUGUCUGGGAUGAUCCGUCUGUAUGCUGCCAUCAUCCAGCUCCAGUGGCCAUAUGGAAACCGGCAAGAGGCUCAUCCUCAUGGCUUAAAUCAUGGCUGGCGCUGGUUGGCACAGAUCUUAAACAUGGAGCCUCUAUCAGAUGUGACAGCCACUCUCCUGUUUGACUUCUUGGAGGUGUGUGGGAAUGCCCUCAUGAAGCAGUACCAGGUCCAGUUCUGGAAGAUGAUUCUUCUCAUCAAAGAGGACUACUUUCCCAGAAUUGAAGCCAUCACAAGCUCAGGACAGAUGGGUUCUUUCAUACGUCUGAAGCAGUUCUUGGAGAAAUGUCUGCAACGCAGGGAGAUUCCUGUCCCCAAAGGCUUUCUGACUUCCUCCUUCUGGCGCUCCUGAUGUCCUCCGUCAGCAGUCAUCACAUCAGUUUGCAGGAGGGGCAACAAUAAAGCAACUGAGACAGCGCGUUUGGAAGAAA